CUCCCCUCAGCGUCCUACAAUUGAUACCCCAUCAUAGCAUCAGUUACCAACAGAAGAGACAGCCAUACUCCACAGCUAGUGCUGCCAGUGUCGCGCCGUUACUGAAAUGGACAGCACCAGCUGCCUCGCCGACGACACCAGCAGCGGCGGCGCCUCCACGGACAAGCUCAAGGCGCUGGCCGCCGCCGCGGCUGCCGCGGCGGGGCCGCUCGAGCGCAUGGGCAGCGGCGCCAGCGCCGUGCUCGACGCGGCCGAGCCGGGCUCCGAGGCCGACUCUGGCGGCGCGGGCGCCGGCCGUGCGGCGGCGGGGAAGCUGCCGUCGUCCAGGUUCAAGGGCGUGGUGCCGCAGCCCAACGGGCGGUGGGGCGCGCAGAUCUACGAGCGGCACCAGCGCGUGUGGCUCGGCACGUUCGCCGGGGAGGCCGACGCCGCGCGCGCCUACGACGUCGCCGCGCAGCGCUUCCGCGGCCGCGACGCCGUCACCAACUUCCGCCCGCUCGCGGACGCCGACCCCGACGCCGCCGCCGAGCUCCGCUUCCUCGCCGCGCGCUCCAAGGCCGAGGUCGUCGACAUGCUGCGCAAGCACACCUACUUCGACGAGCUCGCCCAGAGCAAGCGCGCCUUCGCCGCGUCGGCCGCGCUCUCCGCGCCCACCACCUCGCGCGGCGCCGACGGCCACGCCUCGACCCCCUCCCCGGCCGCCGCGCGCGAGCACCUGUUCGACAAGACGGUCACGCCCAGCGACGUCGGGAAGCUGAACAGGCUGGUGAUACCGAAGCAGCACGCCGAGAAGCACUUCCCGCUGCAGCUCCCGGCCGCGGGCGGCGAGAGCAAGGGCCUGCUCCUGAACUUCGAGGACGCCGCCGGCAAGGUGUGGCGGUUCCGCUACUCGUACUGGAACAGCAGCCAGAGCUACGUCCUCACCAAGGGCUGGAGCCGCUUCGUGAAGGAGAAGGGCCUUGGCGCCGGAGACGUUGUCGGGUUCUACCGCUCCGCCGCCGGGAGCACCGGCGAAGACACCAAGCUCUUCAUUGACUGCAAGCUGCGACCGGACACCAACAGCCCCGCCUCCGCUGACCCCGUGGACCAGUCGGCACCUGUGCAGAAGGCCGUGAGACUCUUCGGCGUCGACCUUCUGACAGCGCCGGCGUCGCCGGAGCAGGGGAUGCCGGGGUGCAAGAGGGCCAGAGACUUGGUGAAGUCGCCGCCUCCGAAAGUGGCGUUCAAGAAGCAAUGCAUAGAGCUGGCGCUAGCGUAGAGUUGGAACUAUUAGCUCGAUCGAUCUCUUCUCUCCAGCUAGGCGGCGGUUUUUGCUCGCAUAAUUCAGGUGGUAGAGCUUAGCUUAAUUAGUCCCUUGUCGGUAUCAUCAACUUUGUUUGUUUAUUUGUCAUGUUGUUGCAUGCCCUGAUGUAAAUCUUAUCUUUCCGAAAAUGUAUACUAAUUGAGGAAGCCCUAGAAGGCUAGCUUAGCUUAGAUCGUUCAACCGACGACGACGAAGAAGAAGAAACAUAUAAUAACAUUUUGAAUGUAGCCUAGCUCA